GUGUAAACAUGUCUGAAGAAGAGGCAGCGCUUGACCAUGGUUUGUGCCAGGAGAUGGCGAAAUAUGUGGAGGAAUUGACAACAUCUGGCAGUCAGACUCUAGAUGAAGGCAUCAUGAAAAGCUUGAAAAAGAUCUGCAAGGUUUCUGAUGGAUAUGUUAAACAUCUACAUCACUUGGUUAUGUCUCAACUGGAAAAAGAACAUGCCGAGAUCCGUUUUUCUGCCUUCCAGAUUGCCAAUGAGAUAUUUGUGAGAUCACAUCAGUUUAGAGAACUCAUUCUCUCGGAUUUCCAUAACUUCUUAGAGCUAACAGCCGAGAUUGAUUUUGAUUGUCCCCUUCCACCUCCAAAGCAUGCCGCAAAGAAUCUGAAUCGUUUGGCCAUCCAAGCUGUUCAAAAAUGGUACAUAGAUUUUGGACAUGCCUACAAGAAGUUAGCACUGGGAUACAACUUUUUGAAGAAUUUUAAGAAGGUUGAAUUUAAUGAUGCUAGUGCUCAAAAUGUGAUGGAGAGACGAGUAGCUGAAGAAAGAGAUCGGAGACGCUGCGAAUUUAUGACGAAAAAGUUGGACACUUUACGCAAAGAAAUGGAUGAAAACUGUACUGAGAUUCUUGCUUGUGUAACACAGUUGGAAAGUGGGAUUGACCUCAUUUUGCCAAAUCCUGAUUUCGAGAUCGACUGGGACAAAAUUUAUUCUAGUGCAAAUGAAGUACCUCGUUGGGAGCCUGUGGUUUCUUCUGCAUCUGUGAUGCCGUGUGAUGAGAAUACUGACACAAAUGAUCUCACUCCAACAUGCUCGGGCGUUGGUGAUAAUCAUGACAAAGAACCUGAUAAAGAUUCUACUAGUGCUGGAGUUGGUGAACAUGUUCCUGAGUUGCUAGCAAAAUGUGACGAUUGCAAUUCAAAAAAUGAAACGCUAGGACAGAAUGAAGGCCACAGUCCUACUCGGAAGAAUCCAGAUACUUGUGAAAAGACGCAUAGUUCUUUUCUGGGUAAAAGAGGGCCAGACAUUGAUGCGGAUACAACGGGGAAAAAGUCGCGGAAGGAGAAAAAUCAGAGCGUCGAUUCCGAAUCACAAAACGACAAUUCUGACGGCAAAGUGUCCAAAUCACAUCAAGGUAGUGCUGACAACCAAGUUGGCAAUAUAGACAUUUUUGACAAAUUCAAGCUCCCAUUUCCAAUUGCAAAGUCUUCGAAAAGUGGUGGAAAAAAUUCUAGACUAGUUGGCUUAACAGAAGCGGAAAUUAAUAUGGACACAUUUUCAGGUGGAAAUGAAGCGGUGAAGUCGGACUCUGGAACAUCCUGUACUUCUGAUGAUAGUGAUUACGAUGACUUUGAAGAAGUUUCCGAUAUUGCCAGUAUGAUCAGUAAAACUGGUUCAGCAUUUAUUCGAGAGCAUGGAUUCGGGACGUGGCGUUAUAAUCUCAACAUUGAUGUGACGCCAGAGAUUAUUGAGGAUGAUAACAAUACAGAUAUCAUCCAGAAUCUUGUUGAUGCUCAGAGGUUGAUUGAUACAAAGUUUGGGCCCAUGGUCAGCAGGUGGCUCGAGAUUCUGACAAAAUUUGGUGGGCACCAAGACCAAGUGCGGGAAGUUCUGGAGCUGAGGAAGAGAGUGACAACAACUAGAGAUAAAUAUGAGUUCGUUAGCAAGAGAAUUGAAUUCAGGCCCAGGAAGAGUGUUGAAGAACCAGAACAAUCUACGAGUAAAGGCAGCCGUCCAUCACAGUAUGCUGGGAAGACGGCCAGUCAAUGGCAGAUUCAAUCGCGGCCAAGUCACGUUGAGUGUUCAUCUGAUCCCACCACUGUCGAAGCCACGCUUAAUGUCCUCAAGAAAAAAAUUCACACGGAGACGAUUACGACACCAACCAGCAGCUUUCCAAAGCCUCUGUCCUCCACGGCUGACAUUGAUCCCAAGAAAGCAGAAAUGUUGAAGAGGGCUCCCAAGGUUCAGUUUGACACCGACUUGAGUUACUGGGGCAAAUCAGAGAAGGAAAUUAAGCCUCCAACAGUCGUCAAGUUUGAUUCAUUGCAUGUAUUUUGGCAAUCUGAAAAUACGGGGAGUGAAUUUGUAACUGCAAACACGCUCGAAGCCAUGACGUCGCGGAAGAUUGACUUUACGGGCCGGUAUCAACCAGUCAAGUGGGCCUGCCGGGCACCCAUGCCAAAUGGAAAGUUGUGUGAAAGAAGAGAUAGGUUAAAGUGUCCAUUCCAUGGCAAGAUCGUUCAGAGAGAUGAGAAGGGCCUUGAAAUUAAACCGGAAGAUGCAGUGGCAACAGCAUCAUCAGGAGCUGGAACAAGUGCAGGUGGAGAGGAGGUGCCAGAUUGGCAGGACCCGGAGCUCCUCCGUGAUAUUGAGGCCGCCAAGGGCGUUGACCUGGGGUCUGGUAAGGGAAAGGGGAAAGCCAAGGGAAAAGGGAAAGGAAAGAAGAAGGAGAAAUACCCUGGGCUGACAAACUUGAAGCAGACACAGAAUACUGCUAGGAAUAGAUUGGAGAAGCGGGUACUCAGCAGGAGAGCUCUAAAGAAAGUGGCAUCAGACCUGGACAAGAUCGAUGAGAGGAAAUUCAAGGACAAGUUCUGUAACCAAUUCAACUAUCAUUUCAAAAAGUGAAAUGUGGACUUUUUGGGGUGUGGAUGAAAUGUCACUGAGACAGCCUUCGGAUUGACUUCUACAACUUGGCUUGAUAAUCAUUGCUGGCUGUUGUGAUCAACGAUUCUUUUCUUCAGAUCAUGACUUAUUGAUAAUGACCUUCAUUCA